UCGCGGUUUUGCAGGGAGUAGCUACUGAGCGACGGAGGGAGAGGAGGCCACCGCGCUGAGCCGCAUCAACGGCAGGGGAGGGAUACCAACCUUCAACAGAGGCGCACACACCCAAAACAAAAGAGAUGGCCUAACCGUGUUGUGCUGUCAGUAGUUUAUCAGCUGUGAGCUACCUGGACCAGAGGGGGUGUGAACGUCGGACAGCAGGGCGCAGAGAUGAGUGUCACCUCCUGGUUCCUGGUGAGCAGCGGGGGAACUCGCCACCGACUCCCUCGAGAAAUGAUAUUUGUGGGACGGGAUGACUGUGAGCUCAUGCUGCAGUCUCGAAGUGUGGAUAAGCAGCAUGCAGUCAUCAACUAUGAAGCUGGAACUGAUGAGCAUAAAGUCAAGGACCUGGGCAGCCUCAAUGGGACCUUCGUAAAUGAUGUCCGCAUUCAGGAGCAGAUGUACAUCACACUGAAGCUUGAGGACAAACUGAGAUUUGGAUAUGAUACCAAUCUGUUUACAGUGGUUAGAGGAGAGCUUACUGUGCCUGAAGAGGCUUUAAAGCAUGAAAAGUUCACCAGUGGCCUCCAGUUUAGCAAGAAACCAUCCAAUAGUGAAACCACUUCUCACACACCCUCGCGCAAGUCACCCUCUAAGACCCCCACAAAGACACCGAAGCCCCCCUCUAGCUCUGUGUCAGCGGAAAGCCGAGUAACAGAUGGGAUCACCUCCUCCAGAGAGCCUUCAGCCAAACAUCUGGACUCUGAGAAAGGAGAGGAGAAAAUAGCAGAUGUGACAGCGCUGCCUCGUGGGACUCCAUUGUAUGGCCAGCCAUCUUGGUGGGGAGAUGGCGAUGCAGAUGAUGAAAAUUCCUUCAAACAGGAAUCCAAGUCUGGUUCUUCCAAAAAACAGGACAACUUUGUUUCAGAGGGCAAAGACACUCAUAGAGGAGACAGGGGAAAAGAGGAUCUUCAUGCAUCUACGACCCACGUUUCCAGUUAUUUUGAGAUUCCUAACAAGGAAGGUCACAUGGCUAAUAAUGGCAUCCAUGAGAUUCCCACCAAGGACACAGACAGUGCCGCCAACAGCCAAGCUGCUGCAGCAGCACAGGGUCACGCCUCCUUCACUAUAGAGUUUGACAACACAUCUCCAGGGAAAGUCACCAUUAAAGACCACGUGUCAAAGUUCAAUUCAGAGCACCACAGAUCACGCUCCAAGAGGAGCGGAAGUGCAGGAGGCAGGGACCUGAGCACGCUGCAAGCCGCCAUGGUGGCCUCUGAAACCAAGGUGGCUGACUGGUUGGCUCAUAACGACCCCACUCUUGUCCGUGGAGACUCCACAGAAGAUGACAGUAAAAGCAUCAAAAGUGAUGUGCCUGUCCAUCUGAAAAGACUCAAAGUAGGAAGCAAACAUGAGGAUGGCACCCAGAGCGACUCGGAGAACGGACUGGGCCUUCGUUUCUCCAGUCGACGUCAUGCCCUCGAGGAACGCCUGAAGGCGGCGCACGGCCACGCUCCAGGAACAACAGGAACAGUGGUGGGGAACACAACUGUGGGCGGGGCCAGAACAACUGGAACUCGCACAGCUUUCAUGAUCGAACUUUACGACGAGGAAAACCCACGCAAGCGGCGGUCAUAUUCAUUUUCCCAGACUGCACCGCUGCUUCCGGGAGGCACGGGAGGCGAGGGCCUGUGUCCUCAGCCUCCCUCUCACCCAAAGGUGUUCAGCAUUUCCACGUCUGCCACUACAGCCUCAGACUCAGGUAAAGUCCCAGCUCCAAUACCAGCAACAGUGACUGUAGGUGCCCCAACAGCUGCCCGUGUGCUCCUCAAGCAGAGGUCAGAGGAUCAUAGCAUAGGUCGUAGCUCAGCCAGCACCGGACUGGCAACCGGCAGCCCCACCACCCCCAGUGAGGACGCCUCACUGGUUGGCAGAGAAGCUCGGCCUGCUGGUGGAGAAGCAGAGGAUGAUCACAGCGAUAAGGGGACCUACACUAUCGAACUGGAGAACAGCAAUCCAGAGGAAGAGGAGGCCAGACGCAUGAUAGACAAGGUGUUUGGGGUCCAGGAUAAUACGGAAAACUCUCUUUUAUCCGACCUGAAAAGAACAGGGAAAGAAAAGGAGAGUGGAGUACCUGGAAAAGAGGCUCUUACCGGUGACUCUAGCUGGGUGUCUCAGUGGGCCAGUGUAGCCGCCAGUCAUACCAGGAUGGACCCAGAAGGUUCUGGAGCAGAGGCAGCAAAUUUCAUCCACAAAGAGAGGGGAACUGAAGCUUUUGAGUCUGGGGCAGCACUCUCCAAAGGUGAAUCCUCCUCCAGCCCAACAGACCGUAAAUGCAGGACCCUCCCCCAGCUUCCCGUGGAUGACCCCCAGGCCAAAUCCAGCUCACAGGCUGCAAGAUCUGACAUAGGGGAGAAGCAGGACACUGAGCCACAGGAGAAAGAGAACAAGGGAGACGGCGAGUCUCCAAUUCCCAUGAAGGACACUGUAACGAUCAGUAAAUGCAAACAAAGUCCUGCCUCGUCUCCAUCCAAGAGUCCUUUCCGUAGCUCUGGUGGAACAGAAAGAAGGAAGAGAUCAGAGGAGAGGGAUGGAGGAGGAGAAGAAGAAGGAGAGAAGUGUGGGAAACCUCUUGUCCGUCAGGGCAGCUUUACGAUUGAGAAGCCCAGUUCUAGCGUCAACGUAGAGCUCAUUCCUCGCAUAAACAGAGGCACGAGUGGCCGCGAGCGCAGUGACUCUGUGGGUAGCAUGGACACUGCAACACUGCUGAAGGACACUGAAGCUGUCAUGGCAUUUCUAGAGGCUAAACUGAGGGAUGAGAACAAACUGAGCCAGAAAAGUACCAAAGUUGGUGUUAAUACUCAGGCUUCUGGACUCCCUUCUCGGACUGACUGCAUCUCACCUGAAUCAGACGUGGACACGGCCAGCACAGCCAGUCACGCCGCUGGAGAAGCAGAGGGUAAAGCAGCAGCUGGUGGGGUGCAGAAACGGCGCUCUCUGAGCAGCAUGCACCGCGAGAAGAGCAACAUGAGCACUUCAUCCAGGACCAGCACCUUAAAUGCAAGUGCUCGCGAACGCUUGGAGAGGAAAUCAAAAAGCCGAACAGCUGAAGCAACAUCCCGAACUGAUGCCCGUCGCUCUACUCAGACAUCCACAGCUUCCUGCAGAGCACAGCAACCAUCUCUAGAUCUCACUGAUGAUGAUCAGACCUCUUCCUUUCCCAUUUCUGAUGUCCUCUCUUCAGAUCAGGAAACCUAUUCUGGACCUUUGGGGCACUCAGCACUCAGGCGUGGUUCUGAAGAUGUUCUCUAUUCUAAAACCGAUAGCAGGACUGGAAAAACUUUGGUAAGUAGUUCCUCCAAAACCAACCGGACUGUUCAGGCAGCCACAACCUCCUCCCUGAAUAAGCAGGCCUCACUGCCUCAGCCACGGCCCACAAGGGCCUCCCUCCUUCGCCGCGCUCGGCUUGGCGAUACAUCUGACACAGAUCUAGCCGAUGCAGACAGGGUUUCCGUGGCAUCUGAGGUGUCCACCACCAGCUCUACCUCUAAACCACCAAGCGGUCGGAAGGGACUGUCUCGACUAGACAUGCUGGCUCAGCCGCGAAGAACCCGUCUUGGCUCUAUCUCAGCCCGAAGCGACUCUGAAUGCACAACAACGCGAAGCUCCACCUCUUCAGCACGGCUGUCCACUGAGACCGCUCUGCGCCUCGGCUUGCGUUCAUCAGCGCCUACAGAGAACAGACUGACACCCAGAAUGAGAGCUAACAGUGUUUCCAAACUGAAUGAGACCAAGACUAAAACCACUACAGCGGGAUACUGCUCACCCACAGAGAGCUCUCAGCCUGAAACUGCAGGUGCUGAUGCAGAGGAAGAGCUGAUGGUGUCCAGCAGCAGUCGGUGGAGGCGCUUGCCCCCGGAGUACGGCUCCACCUCUGAGGAAGAGUUUGGGUCCAGCAGAAAUUCCCCCAAGCACGGAGCUCGAUCCCACGCACGGCCCCAUCACCUGGUCCCUCAUCGCAGCUCCAGACUCGGCUCCACCACCAGCUCGGGCGCAGGGGUGUCUGCAACAAGUGGAGCGGGGAUCAAGUACCGCAUGAAGGAGCAGGAGGAGUACAUCAGGGACUGGACAGCACACAGCGAGGAAAUAGCCAGGUUAUUCCCCUGUGUGCGCAGGAUCAGCCAGGACUUGGCUAAAGACUUGGCUGUCCUGGCCCGGGAGAUCCAUGAUGUGGCAGGCGAGAUUGACUCGGUCAGCUCGUCUGGCACGGCACCCAGCACCACUGUCAGCACGGCUGCCACCACGCCAGGAUCGGCCAUCGACACCCGGGAAGAGGUAGGCCCAGCACGUCCUGUGCAGCCGGACAUACAGGAGAGCAUGAAGAAGUUGGUGGAUCGAGUAUUUGAUGAGAGUCUGAACUUCAGGAAGAUCCCUCCUGUUAUUUCCACCAAGAAGGCGCCAGAGAUUAACGGUAAACCAGUGGAGCACCGGCCGCAAGCUCCUAACAGUGCAGAGCCCCGGGCCUUAAGGAGACGCACCUGGAAUCGAGAAGAGGCGGUGUUGGACAGCUUACUCAUACAUUCAGUUUCUCAGCUCUCAACCAAGAUCAGAAACUCUGUUGACAAAACAGCAGGAAAGAUCAGGAUUUUGUUCAAGGAUAAGGACAGAAACUGGGAAGAAAUUGAGAGUAAGCUGAAAUCAGAAAGUGAUGUACCUCUUCUUAAAACCUCAAACAAGGAAAUCUCCUCAAUUUUCCUUGAGCUGAAAAGAGUAGAGAAACAACUUCAAGUGAUCGAUGUGAUGGUAGAUCCAGACGGAACUUUGGACGCUCUGGCAAGCCUCGGCCUGACCACCCCGACUACUCCAACUAGACCGACAUCCGCUAAAACGUCCCCCACCAGCCCGGGAUCGGCCCCUCCAGCCAAAGAGUCACUGCCGGAAAUCCCCUCUGGAGCUCGGGGUUCAGCAGCCUCCUCCAAGAGCCAGACUUCUUCUACCAGCAUAGAAAUGAACGCACAAGGCGUCUGUGUGGGUUUGGGCUUAGCAGGAGUUGGAGGACUACCCUUUAGCCGCAUGCGACCAAGCGGGGAGGAGGCUAUCGCACAGAAAUGAGCAGCACCUUUUCAAGAACAUAAGCAACUAUUAACAGGUCUGAAAAAAGUGAAGGUGCUCAGUUAUCAAAUGCUUAAAAAACAUAAUUUUUUUAAAUAAACACAGCGGCCAUUCUGACAGUUUUAUUAUACAAGCAUAGUUACUUCUUGUCACUCUCCAAUACAUGACUGUUUAUUGUGCAUAUCAGCAACAGAGGCUGACCCAUAGGUUCUAACAGACUAACUAUAACAUUUGACUUUUUUAUGCCUGCUAUAAAACCUGUCAUCCUGGUUGACUGAAGCCUUUCAGUACUGUCCUUUCCUUCUUUUUGCCUUCUUCAUGUGUCUGGACCCUUCCUGCACUAAGGACAUGCCUUAAGAAAAAUUGUAGCAGCUGAAUUUCCUGACCCCCCCCACCUCAUGCAAGAGUCUAAAACAAUACAGUCUAAUAUAUUUUCCUUUACACAUCAAUAAACGACAGCCCACUGCAAUAAUUUAUGCGCCGCAAAGAAUGUUCUAUCAGAAUCACCCUGACGAAAGUAUACAUGCUUUAAGCCCGAAUUGUUUGUGUUUUCUUUGUUUUGUUUUGUAAUGUAUCCUCAACUUUCCUCUCAAACCCCUUAUGAGUUUUAUUUAACGGUCAUGUUUCCUUCCUUGUAGAGGAGAUCUCGCCUGCAGUAGCAUGUACAGGAUACAAGGAUGCAUUUCACAAUGUCCACCAGAAACGCUGCUUUUAUUUAUUAGCAGGUGAAACAGUGACAAUACCUUACUAAAGUGAACUCGUUACCAGUCAUUUCAGCUGUUUAGUCAUCUAGAAAAUGUGAUUUGGAGCCAAAAAAUUAUACAGCAUGAGAUGUUUUAUUAUAACUAUCAGUUAGUUAUAAUAACUAUUUUAUUAUAACUAAAGUGAAAAAGGAUGUUUGUAUUUAAUUUUUUUGUUUUUGCUUUAAAACCUUCACAUAAGUGUUUCUUUUAGUUCUUAAUGGAAUGAUUUUAAAGUCAGACGCAUAGCUUCCAUUUUAUUGUGUCAAACUAAAUGUUUAAUAAGAAAAAGACCAUUUCUAAACUUUUUAGGGAUUUGGUUUAGCAAAUUUGUAUUUUUUUGUACACAUAAAUGGAAAAAAAACUGCUAGAGUUCCUUUUUAUAAAGGUGCCAUUAAAAAACAGCAGCCUACAAAAAGAUUUAUUGAUUAAAACUUGUUCUUUUUUAUUUUUUUCUGCCCUCUGCUUUAUAAAUGUCUCAUGAGAUGCAAAGUCAUAUCAGUGUAAAUACUAAAAAGCUUCUUCUUUUCCAGUCAGGAGGAAGCUCCAAUUUCCUUUUCCUGUACUCACAGGCUGCAAAACUAACCAUUUCUUCUCUAACUUGGCUGCCUACAUUAUGUCUAAAUGGAGACUGAUCAUUUUCUUAACCUCUCCUCUGAAGUCUGUGUCUAGACUAGAGUAAAACUACGUAAAGAUUGUGUGUUUGUGUCUAGAGAUUUUCACAGUAGUGUAUUUAGGUACCAGAGUUAGUGUUCAUUUCCUUCUCAUUCAACGUUACUGUAGACUGAUUUGUCUUUUGCCUCAAAGUGCCCAUGUUCACUCUGUAAGGGCAUUAUUCUUGAAAAGAAGGUUGACACAAAAAUGUUGCACAUCAAGCUGGAGUGUUUUUACAUCCAGAUUAGGAGAAAAUGAAGGAAAAGGCUGCAUCAGUUGACGAUAUCGCCUGAUUUCAGACGUGACCAUCUUGCCUCUUUGAAUUUAUUCUGUCAAUGAAGCCUCUAAAUAUUUUUGUCUCAAUUACGUUAUAAGACAAGCCAAUAGGGGAGUGUGAAUGCGAGGUACAUGUUUCUUUUUAUGUUUCAUCAGAUCAGUGUUGUCAUUUAUUUUGUUUUUUCUUCCUAUUUUUGUAAAGAAAUUUACUGUUUUAUUUAUUUUGUUUUGUGGAUGUUUACUGCAUUUUAUAUUUGAAUAUCCACAUUAUUGGUAAUAAAAUGAGCCAUUCAGUUGUC